AUGAAUUUGGAUUUCAGAUCAGCAUUACUCGCACAUGCUUUGGCUUGUGCUUUGCAACUUGGAGAUGAUUGUGUACAAACAAAAGCACCCACAAUUUACGACAAAUGUUACUUUAUUGCGAGAAAUCGUCAUCAUCAUGAGAGAAAUAAGAGAAAAAGCGAGAUAAGAAAAUGUGAGAAAAUGAUUCAAUUCAGAAGAGAGAAAAUUAAGAAAACGACUUGUUGA